CGAUGAAACUUAUAUAAAGGUUUGGACCGGAUUUAACCAGCAUUCAGUAUAAUCUACAAUAUGGAGAAAUACCUAGCACUCAUCCUUCUCAUCAUACAUAUUCUUCAUUUAGAUGUUGGGAACGGGAAUUUGUUGCGGCAAAGGAGACAGGAUUAUUAUGAAGACGACUACUACCCAGAAGAAGAAGAUUAUCCAACAAACGGAGGAGAAGAGGGUCCUGUUACAGUUUACAAGAAUGGAAAGAUAUAUACAGUUGCUGGGUCGGACUGGUGGCUUAGUCCUAAAACUGCAGUUGUGGUUGCAGAUGGUAAAAUCAAAUAUGUUGGUGAUGAUGCUUCUGCUGAGAACUUGGCUGUUGCAGGAUCUAAAAUUGUCGACCUGGGCGGUAAAACCGUUCUACCUGGAAUCCAUGAUGUUCAUCAACAUCCUCUAGAGGCUGGAGAUGAUAUAGUUUCUUGUCAGCUAGACACUGAUACAUCUCCUAAUAUUCUUAAAGAUUAUGUUUUCGACUGCGCUAAGAAAGCAUCGCCAACUGAAUGGGUUUUGGGCAAUGGUCAUUCCAUCAGAGCACUUCUAGAUUAUUUGAAAACUGGAGGACCGUCCCCCCGAGCCCUCUUAGAUUCAGUAGUCCCUGACCGCCCUGUUGUCAUGCUGGAGGAGACCUCCCACUCCGUCUGGGUGAACAGCAAGGCGCUGGAGAAAGCGGGGUUCCUCAAGGGUGUAGCUAAUCCCUCAGGUGGAGUUAUUAUGAAGGACUCUACUGGAGAACCAAAUGGAAUUCUUCUAGAAAAUGCAGGAAACAUUGUGAUGGGAAUUGCUCUGGAUCCAAACACUUACCCUCAGCUACUAAAGAAACAAUAUGAUGGAUUAGUUUAUACUUUGGGUGUAUUAGCAGAGAACGGAAUAACAUCUGUAGUAGAUGCAAGAUGCUACUGGAAGCGAAGCAGUCAUGAAACUUAUGAGAAGGUUAAGAAGGACGGUCUCCUCACUAGCAGAGCUGUUCUAGCACUUUGGGCUUAUCCGCAGCUUCCGGAUUCACAGAUUGUUGAUCUAAAGGCACUAUUUUCUAAUACAGACCCUAUGCUACGAAGGAACCAGAUCAAGGUGUACUCGGAUGGAUUACUGGACUCCACUACAGCCGCUAUGUUUUCUCCUUACAAGAUAGAACUUGGAUUAGGAUUAGGAACUGGAAAUACAGGGAUGAAUUACUUCACAGAGGGUUGUCUUUUUAUGCGUUUAAACGCAUAUGCCGACGAAAAAGAAUAA